AUGAGGUGCGCUCAGAUAUAUGCCGAGUUCAAAGCUGCGCUUAUUGCCGAUGCUGCACUUUUCAUUGACAAUACUCUCCCGGACUUGGAGAAUACAUUUGCGCCUGUUCCGCCGAAAUCCGAUGAUUCGUGGCUGAACACCUUAUUAGGUCUGGUCGCCCUAGGUGUGCCGGUGGUUGGUGGAAAGCUCUUCGAUAGUGUGCUCUCCAAGAUACCCGCUAUGAGCGCCGAGAGCGACGUCUCCCCAGAUCACUACAAGUCGGUGAUGAAUGCCAUGCUCACUAGCCCUGUCACAAUUGCAACGAAUAUGGAAAGCAGCAAUGAUCCGAAGGACUGGACACCCGAGAAGCAAGCCAAGUUCUCCAAGUACAUGGGUGACAGUCUUAAGGGUUGGGAAUACAUCUUCACACAAGAUCUUGAAGAUCAGCGAAGACGGGUCUUUUCUGUCGGUGGGCAUUGA